AUGUCGACCUUCCGAUUUCAUAACCGUGCGCAAACAACGGUGGGUACCGAACUCAUAAUCCGUCUCAAAUGGGGUCAAACCGAAUAUAAGGGCAAGCUGGAGAGCAUCGACUCGUACAUGAACGUGCUGCUGCGGGAUACGGAGGAAUUCAUUGAUGGAAAAAACACGGGUACCUUGGGUCUCGUUCUGAUUAGGUGCAAUAAUAUCCUUUGGAUGGGCUCAGCAGAUAGUGUCGAGAUGACAGAUCUGGGGUUGCGGUAG